AUGAAGCUAAAAGUCAAUUAUCUGACAUUGACUCGCCUACUGGUGAUAGCAUCUUUCGCUACAUCUAUUACUUCGAGCAUAAAAAAUUACGUCUACGAGAAUGGCCGUCGCUAUCAUGGGUUUCGGGAGGGUGAAUAUAUUUUCCCGGACUACGAGGCUGAGCAAGCCCGCAUGGACAUGCUUCAUCGUAUCUAUCGUCUCAUGCUAGGAGGUGGCCUUCAUAAAGCACCGAUUCCUCAGCCCCCACAACGCAUCUUGGAUAUUGGCACAGGGACUGGCACCUAUGCAAUUGAUAUCGCAGCUGACUUCCCGAGCGUAGAGGUACUGGGGAUCGACUUAAGUCCAAUUCAGCCCCAUUGGGUUCCACAGAAUUGCAAAUUUGUUGUCGAUGAUGUCGAAGCCGAGUGGGUUUACCCAGAGUCCAAGCAAUUCAACUACAUCCACCAACGAAAUAUGGCUGGCAGUGGAAUCGGCUCUUCUAACAAGCAUUCCAUCAUAUCAGGCCUGAUGGGUUCAUAG